AUGGAAAAAGAACAGACUAUCUCCCUUCCUAAAUCGCCAGAAAACAGCAAUGAAGAAGGUGUUUGUGCCCCUUCAAAUAUCACCCGAGAAACCAGAGCAAUGGCUGAAAAGAAAAAGAAAAAUAGAAACGUUCAACAGCCCCAGCCUCAAAAUAUAGAAACUUCAAAGAAAUUCGAAGUACUUGUCAACUUACCAGCAGAGCCAGAGUCCACAACCGAAACAGAAACAGAAACCCCUACUCCAACAUAUAGUCGUCGUAGCGAAAAUACACACCGCAUCCCAAGUCAAAAAGAAGACCGAAAUCAAAUUAUCCAUGGCCUCAAAACACUAGAAAUAGGAUUCCACACUUAUGCAAACAGAAAUACAGAAGUGGAAAAAAAACACAAACGAUGGGUCAUAAAAAACCUACCAAAGAACACCAAAAUUAAGGACAUUGAGGAGGCCUUCAGCCCUCUAGGAACUACCAACAUAAGGAGACACCACAAAACGGACGCUGAGGAAAAGAAAACACCUCUAUCACCGAAACAAAAUGGGCUUGAACCCAAAAAAUUAAUUCAAGGUGUCCCGACAAGGUGGAAUUCCACCUAUAAUAUGUUCUCCCGUUUUGUUUCACUCGAAACAUCCAUUCGGACUACUUUACCACUCAUAGACAAACCCAUUGAAGUACUAUCACCAGAAGAAUGGGUUAUAGCAUCAGAAAUUACUACUGCCUUACAACCCAUGAAAGAGGGAAGCAAAACCCUUAUUACAGCUACGUUCCUCGAUCCCAGAUUCAAAAAUAUAGCUUUCCCUUCAGAAAAAACAGCCAAAACAGCAAAAAUAAACAUCAUCAAUUUGGUGGCCAGCCAAAUUAAUCAACAUUUAGGAGAAGGUCCUUCAGAAUCCCACCUCAACGUAGAAAACCAGUUAAAACGGUUAUGGGAGAUUGAAGAGCCUGCAUCCGUAGACAGAAGCGACCCUCAAGACAAAUUCUGUGAGGAUCAUUUCCUUCGCACACACCGGUGUUCCCCUGAUGGCAGGUAUAUCGUCAGACUUCCCUUCAAGAAGAACAUUUCUGAGAUAGGAAAGAGCAAAGAAAUGGUCUUUUGA